AUGCCAGGCCUCCACUCGUGGAUCAACUGCGUGAACGUGAAGUGGGCGGCCAAGGUGCAGAAUGUGUUCACGUUCAGCAAGGUGGUAGCCCUAACGGUGAUCAUCGUGGCGGGGGCGGUCCACCUGGCCACAGGACACCUGGACAAUUACAGGAGCCCCAUGCACGGCACCAUCUCGGGAGCCGCCGCCAUUGCCUCCGCCUUUUACCAGAGUCUCUUCUCCUACAGCGGAUGGGAGAACCUGUACUACGUGGUGGAGGAGCUGAAGAACCCAAACAGGAACCUGCCGCUGGCCAUCAUCUGCUCCACGUCCCUGGUGACGGUGAUCUACACGCUCACCAACGCCGCCUACCUGGCCGUGCUGACGCCCACCGAGAUGAUCUCCUCAGACGCCGUGGCCGUGACGUUCGCCGGCCGCACACUGGGUGUCAUGGCGUGGAUCAUGCCCGCCUUCGUCAUCUGCUCCACAUUUGGCUCCACCAACGGGGCCAUCUUUACGCAGUCACGUCUCUUCUUCGUCGGGGCGAGGAAAGGACAGUUCCCAGAGGCGUUCGCCCUCGUGCACGCUGAACAUCUCACGCCCGUGCCGGCAAUCGUCCUUCAUGGCGUCGGGCUCCUACUGAUGCUGAUCACCACCGACAUGGUGCUGCUCAUCACCUACUCCACCUACGCCAUGACGCUCACCAACCUGGGCUGCAUGUUUGCACUCUUCUGGUUCCGCUACAACCAGCCCGACCGACCCAGACCCUUCAAGGUGUGGCUUGGGCUGCCCGUGGUGUUCUCCGUGAUCCAGGUGUUCCUGCUGGUGCUGCCCGCUAUUCAGAGUCCCCUGGAGGUGGGCGUGGGCCUCGUCCUCAUCGCCUCGGGCCUUCCAGUCUAUUACUUCGCCAUCUACAGGCAGGACAUCGCGGAGAAACUCUCACGACUCCUGCGACGCCUGACCGUCUGGUGCCAGCUGGUGUUCAGGGCGCUGCCGGAAGAAAAGGCUGCCUGAGAGGGUGCUCUCGCUACCAUCACCACCACCAUCACUAUCACCACCAUCUGCUGCUGCUGUUGUUGACGAUGGCCAUCAAAUCUCGCAUAUCGUUCAUUGUAUAUAUGAUUUUUUAAAAAUUUUAUUUAUAAAACCCUCGUCAUUAUGAGCAGGCAGAAGAAAAAGUCACCUAGUCAAGACCGGCCAUUCAGGAUUUACUGAUUGAUGUAUUUGUUUGCUUCUAUUUAGUACAAAACUGUCGCCACAAGUUAAAAUUUAGUCCACUGCUUGGUCGUCACGCAAAGCCUCACAGUCCUGCCCAGGGAGUCUCCUUGGCCUCCACGGGCGCCCACACUAAUGUCAGGAGAGGUAACAUUACUCCUUUGCCUUGCUUGUGUACAGAGUGUCAUGAAGCUUGAAUAAACGAGCCUCAUCA